AUGAAAAGAGCGGCCCGCGUGUCACAGAUUAACGACAUUGAUGGCAAUAUACAUCAAUUGCAAUUGUGCAUACGUGCGGCCUUGGCGAUUGAUGAAAAUAUUUCGUUAUUGUUGGCAAAAUGUAAGCAAAUCGCGACACAUUUUAACCACUCAAUAAUUGCCCAAAGCGAAUUAAAAGGUUUUCAAGAACGUCUGGGUCUGCCUCUGCUUUCAGUUAUUCAAGAGUGUCCUACAAGAUGGAAUAGUAUGUUUAAUAUGAUUCAACGUCUAAUUGAAAUAAAGGAUGCCAUAGUACUUUAUACCUCACAACAUACAAAUUUGCCGCAGUUUACUCCAAACGAUUGGCUACAGCUUGAGAGCUGUGCAACAAUCCUUAAGCCAUUUGAAGAGGCCACCAAGACCAUGAAUCCAAAAUAUAAGACUAAGUUUUUUAAUGAAAUCACUAAAGAAAGUAUUGAAUCCGAACUGAUUUCUUUACGUCAAGAUCAAGAAGGCCAUGGCGCACAAGCACAACCACAAAUACAGUCAUUCGAACAUGAUGUUAUUCAACACAAUCAACACAAUCAACACUUUCAUCAUACCGAUACCGAGACCCUACCAUCAACGAGUUCUGGAGCUAACUUUUCUACAGGCAGAUUUUUACAAUCAAUGUUAUCUGAGAUGCUGGCCUCAGCUCCUAAUGGUGACGAUGAAGAAAGUCCAAUCGCACCCAUCGACAGAUUUCUUAUCCUGAAGUCACUAAUAAUUAAUUAUAUUAAAGAGAAGAGAAUAGGUCUUCAAGAAGACAGUCUUUUGUGGUGGAAAAUAAACCCCAAAUAUUUUGAACUUUACAGAGCUGUGCGCCAGUAUCUUUCAGCCCCUCCAUCAAGUGUCCCCAGUAAGCGCCUUUUCAGUGGCGCUGGAUUAGUUUACGACUGA